AUGGCAAGCCUAGGAUGGGAUCGCGGUCAAAUUUACUCUACAAGCGUGCUUCCUGGAGAAGAACAGAGAGACUCUCAUUCUGAGUUGACCUCAAUGUUCCUUUCAUUCAUCCAGAACUUCCGUCUCGGCAACAACUAUAUCUACAGAGACCAAUUGUCUGACAACCUCAAGGUUAAGCAGUACUUUAUCGAAGUUAACAUGAACCACCUCAUCAACUUCAAUGCUGCCUUGGCCAACAAAUUGACAGGAUCCCCUGCCGAACUUUUGCCUUUGUUUGAAAAUGCAGUUAAAGAAAGUGCAAAGCGUAUAAUGUUCACUAAACCUGGAGAAAUAAGCAACUUGGAUGUACCUGAUUGCCAGGUCAUGCUUACCUCUGACGCUAAUGUUAUUCAAAUUCGCGACCUUAAUUCCAACUAUAUUGGAAAACUUGUUCGCAUUCCAGGUAUUGUGAUUGGUGCGUCGACAUUGAGCUCUCGUGCCACCUAUGUUAGCAUUAUGUGCAAAUCGUGUCGCCAUUCAAAGGUGAUCCCUAUUGACGGUGGAUUCUCUAGAAUUUCCUUACCACGCGUGUGCGACAGCACACCAUUAGAUCAAACGAUGAAGAACAGCUGUCCUAUGGAUCCUUACAUGAUUGUCCAUGACAAGUGUAAAUUUGUGGACUCUCAAGUAAUUAAACUUCAAGAGGCUCCAGAUAUGGUACCCGUGGGUGAUCUUCCCCGCCACACUAUUCUCAAUGCUGAUAGAUGGUUGACAAACCGAGUGGUUCCUGGUAUGAGAACCGUUGUAAUGGGUAUUUACUCUAUUUUCCAGAGCAAAGCUUCCAAAUCUACAGGCGCUGCUGCUGUACGAACACCUUACAUUCGCAUCAUCGGCUUACAAAUCGAUAAACACAACAGUGGUCGUGGAAAGGCUGUUUUCACAGACACAGAAGAGGAAGAGUAUAUUAAAAUGUCACGUCAACCUGAUUUGUACAAAACUUUUGCAGCAAGCAUUGCACCUUCUAUCUUUGGAAAUGCCGAUAUCAAAAAAGCUAUUGCCUGUUUGUUAUUUGGAGGAUCUAAGAAAGUGCUUCCAGAUAGUAUGAGAUUAAGAGGUGAUAUCAGUGUCCUAUUGUUGGGUGAUCCUGGUACUGCUAAGUCUCAGCUGUUAAAGUUUGUUGAGAUGGUUGCUCCAAUCGCCGUCUACACAUCUGGCAAAGGCAGUAGUGCGGCUGGUUUGACAGCUUCUGUCAUCCGUGACCCAAGCUCGGGAGACUUUUAUUUGGAAGGAGGUGCCAUGGUUUUGGCAGAUGGUGGUGUUGUCUGCAUUGAUGAAUUUGAUAAGAUGCGUGACGAAGACAGAGUUGCUAUUCACGAAGCUAUGGAACAGCAGACUAUUUCAAUUGCCAAGGCAGGUAUCACUACCAUCCUUAAUUCCAGAACUUCUGUUUUGGCUGCAGCAAAUCCUGUAUUUGGUAGAUACGAUGACAUGAAGAGCCCAGGAGAGAAUAUUGAUUUCCAAACCACCAUCUUGUCUCGUUUCGAUAUGAUCUUUAUUGUUAAAGACGAACACAAUGAAGCCCGUGAUAUGUCUAUCGCUCGUCACGUGUUGAAUGUACAUAUGAACAGACAAACUCAAGAGGCUGUUAUGGGCGAAAUUGAUCUCGAUAAGAUGAAAGCGUAUAUCAACUAUUGCAAAGCUAAAUGCGCUCCUCGACUCACUGCAGAAGCAGCUGAAAAGCUGAGCAGCCAUUUCGUAAGCAUUAGAAAGGAAGUCAAGGAAGCCGAAAGAGAAACACAGGUUCGCUCGUCAAUUCCCAUUACUAUCAGACAGCUGGAAGCUAUCAUUCGUAUUUCAGAGUCUUUAGCCAAGAUGACACUCUCUCCUGUAGCAACAGAAAAGCACGUUGAAGAAGCCAUUCGUUUGUUCAAAUAUUCGACUAUGGACGCUGUUCAGAGUGGAGGAGCCGAUGGUAUGUCUCGUAGUGAAAUUAUGGCCGAAGUUCAAACAAUCGAAGCAGAGGUGCAGCGUCGUUUGCCAAUCGGAUCACAAGUGCCUGUGGCCAAGAUCAAGAGCGAUUUCCUUCAGCAGGGUUACUCUGAAGCAGCUAUUCUCAGAGCCUUGACUAUCCUUGGCCGUAGAGAAGUAUUGCUGUUCAGAAACCAGGGAAAGACUGUUCUUAGACAGGCAGUUUAAAAAAAACGGGCGAUAUAAACAAAGAGACAGAGCGAAAAAAGAGCAAAGGACUUUUGAUAUCAUAUAUGUGUAAAUAACAACAAUAGCCUAAAAAUUCAUAUCUAUUCUUAUUUAACUUUCGCUAAUUCAUUACAGAAUAAAAAAAUUAUUGUAACUU